UGUGCUCUGCUUGCCACUUCGUUUAGUUUUGUGUUGAAGAUUUCAGAUGAGUGCAAGAACAGAGAAGAGGAAAUACCAGAACAUAUAUACUGCAUAUUUUAGUUUCUGUAAUAUAUUGUAAUAAUUAAAGAUUUUCUGUGUAGACAACUGAAAGGAGUUUAAAUGAGUGUUUAACACAAAACUAUCAACUUCCUCUUCUUGGCAGCAGAGUCCUACGUCUGAUGCAAUGGCAUUUUGGAAUUUUCUCAUGUUCUUCAUGACAGUUCUGAUCUCCAGCACAGUAUCCAGAUCUGGAGACCAUGUGUUCGUACAGACGGGGGACUCUGUUACACUGGACAUAAAAAAUAAACCACUGCUAAAUUUUAGAAGAUUACUUUGGGUUAAAGAUCAAUCAGAAAAUAUAAUCAGAUGCGUAAAUGAAUCUGGAGAUCUAAAAUUUAAUAAUUAUAAGGACAGAGUGGAUUUCAAUAAUAAAACACUCUCUGUGACUCUGAAGAACAUGCAGAAGACAGACAGUGGACUCUACACAGCAACAGCAAUAGGAGAAAGAACAACAUCUGUUGCAGAACACAAUGUAUUAGUUAUAGAUCCAGUGGAUUCUCCUGUUCUGAAAGGAAACUUCACCAUGAUAAGUGUUAACGUCUGUGUCGUGAACGUCUCAUGCAGUGGACCUGAUCAAACAAUCAGACACAGUUACCACAGCAACGACUGCACUCAAGAGGAAGUGACAUCAUCUGGAGUCCAGACUCUAGCCCUGUAUUGUAGAAAGAACAGAGUUGUCUGUAACUACAGCAAUCCAGUCAGCUGGAAGAAUCAAACUAUAGAGAUUAACCAACUUUGUACACCUUAUGAAAAAGAACAUCCAGAAGAAAACAACAGUCCUCUCUUCCUUUGGCUCUCGGUCAUCGCUGGUGUAUUUGUGCUGGUUUUCACAGCAGUUUCUGUAUUCUACUGCUGUUACAAGAAGCGUAAAAAGGGUCCUCAACAGAAUGAGCAGACAGUCUAUGCACAAGUUCAGCCAAUGAAUCAAGUGCAAAGACCCCUGGAGAUGUUGGAGAAAUCAGCGAAUCUUCAAACUGUGUAUGGAUUUACCGGGGAACACAAACAAACUCACAAUGCCAGUCAAAUGCCUAGUCAUCAGACACAGGAACAGGUGCAAACAGAAAAGCGGCCCAGCACCACCUACAGUACAGUAGGACAACACCAAAAGCCAUUAUUUACCUCUAAACCAGAUCCUACAAUUUAUUCAGUGGUGUGUAAACCUAAGCAGGACAGACAACCUAUGCAUAAAUAGCAGAGGUUACAUAUAUAUUCAACUGUGUUUGUUGAUACAAUCAUUUUUAAGAUACAAUUAACAUGUCAUUGCAAGUUUUAUUAAUUACAAGUGAUAAUAUUUUCAAUUAUUGUUUAGAAGUUGUCUUAUUGGCAAUAAAUUGUUUGUCUUUUUGUUGUCUUCUUUGUACAUUUGCUCAUAAUAUUAAUUCAAUUUGUAAACACUGGAGUAUAUAAUAUACUGAAGUAUAUAAGUAAAUAUAGGCUUAUUUCUCGUUUAUUGAUAAAAUUAAGCAUGACAGAGAUAUUACAGAUCUUUACAUAUAUGCAAUACAUAUAUGUUUUUGGUAACACUUCGGGUAACCUAAGUAGGGUAACAGUACAAUACAAUUCCAUUAUUUAACUAAUAUUGUUUAUUACUUCUAAAUGAUAAUCAAAAUUGCCCGCAUUCUUGAAAAUAUAUUCUAUUGAGCAGAAGAAAAAACUUGUACAGGUUUGAAACCGAUUGAGAUGAGAUAAAUGAUGACAGUCAGUGAACAAUCCCUUUAAGUGUGAAGAUCCUUGUAGUACGUUGCCAUAUGUGUACUUAACCUAAAUCAAAUGUUAUGGGGAUAUUCCCAUUUCUUGUCCUUAAUUCUGAUCAGUCUUUGUUUCAGUAAUGAAGUAGUAAAGUCACGCAUACUGCUGAGUAGGAAGUGCAGUCUCAACUGACAGCAACAGAAAGUUUGUUUCCUUUUUUUUGUGCUCAUGCUUCCUCCACAGAGCUAU